AUGGAGGUGAUCGGGGACUACGAAUACACAACCCAGGACCUCAUUGGCCAUGGAGCAUUUGCUGUGGUCUACAAAGGGCGACUCCGAGCGGAGCCCGACGUGGCAGUCGCCAUCAAAUGCAUCACGCGGAAAAAUGUCUCUAAAUCAUCGGAAAACCUCCUCGACAAAGAAAUUAACAUCCUGAAGGAUCUGUCGCAGCUGAAACAUCCGAAUGUCGUCUCGCUUCUGGAUUGCAAACAAACGCCACGAUUCUUUUAUCUCGUCAUGGAGUACUGCAAUGGUGGAGACCUGGCCGACUAUCUGCAAGCCAAGGGGACACUCUCGGAGAACACAAUCCGAAUUUUCUUGAAGCAGAUCGCUGGCGCCAUGCAAGCUUUAUACGUGAAAGCAAUUCUCCAUCGCGAUCUCAAGCCGCAAAACAUCCUCCUUUGCCACACGAAAGUCAACCCACCCCCUCAGGACAUAACGCUGAAGAUCGCGGACUUCGGUUUCGCCCGUUUCCUGUCUGAAGGCGUAAUGGCCGCUACCCUUUGCGGCUCGCCCAUGUACAUGGCUCCCGAGGUGAUAAUGUCGCAGCAGUAUAACGCGAAGGCGGACCUUUGGUCGAUUGGAACGAUCGUCUACCAAUGCCUCACUGGAUCAGCUCCAUUCCGCGCACAAAAUCCCCAGGCCCUGAAGCAGUACUAUGAAAGGACUUCGACACUGUCCCCGAAAUUUCCUCCGGGAACAUCGCCGGAGCUCAGCGAUCUGCUGCGGGGGCUGCUCAAGAGGAGCUCUGAACAACGUAUCGACUUCGAAAGUUUCUUCAACCAUCCCUUCAUAACCUUCAAUCCGAAACAGGGCUCUAGUCCUGUGCCUGUUCCACGAAGGGGUAGUUGCUCCAACUCGCCCAUCGUGUCGCCCUAUGGAACCCCCCAUCUACCACCGUCACCAUCGCCUGGUAAUCCGUAUGUGGAGAAUCCUACCUCCCACGGUCUGCGUGAGGGAGUCGUCCUAGCGGCGGCUCAAGCGGCGAAGGGCUCCUUCUCUUCACCCGAAGAACAAGAUUUCGUCCUUGUUGAGAAUGAAAUCUGCACUGAUCACUGCUCGCAGCAGCAGACGCCGCGGAGCUCCGACAGCACUCCCCGAACUCAACCUAUUCCGGUACCUUCGAAGAAUCUACGCCAAAAGAAAAGCGUUCCCGAGUUAACCGACGCCAAACGCUCGUCCAAUUCGCCGAUCUCGGGUUUCCGUGGGUCGCCGGACGUAGAGAAUCUCACGCCGCCUCAUCCUAGUUUCAUGAUUGGAGCAUCCGGAGUAUCGCCGCCGUACCUUGGCACUGGAGCUACCUCGCCCAUAAGGAUCAGCCAACUCCCACCCGGCAAUCAUCCGCUCGGAGCGCGCGCCAUGACCUUACCGGAACUCCAAACCGAAGCCGGAUUCUCAGGAUGCGGGGAUAGGGCUUUGCUGAUGCAGCGAUCGGGCUCUGCCAACGCGCUGUACCGAAUGUCACCGAACGCAUUCAUACAGUUCGCUCAGAGCCGCUUCAACGAAUCCCUAUUCGAAAACUCUCCGCCUGGGGACUCAGAUCUGAACUUGUUCAUACCACCGGAGCUACCGCAAGAGACAAUCUUGGACCGGGAACACAACGAAACGUUGGCGAAACUCAACUUCGUUCACGCAUUGGUGACGUGCAUUCUCGAGCUCGCGAAGAGUCGCGCUGCUGGAGACCUCGAGAACAUCGAGCCCAGGAACAUUGACGAGAGUCAGCUAAUCAGGGGUUAUAAUUUUGAAUCAUUCAGACAAGCUGAGCAGCUGGUGCUUCAUAUGCGAGCGGUACAUCUGCUUUCAUCGGCUCUCAAUCUGGCAAAGCGUAAGGUCGAAGAAAAAACUCUUCAACUGUCACCGACCGUCAAAGAGCUGUUGAAAGAGAUGCGAGUUAAGUUGCUGGCCUCCUACGACCAGUGCACCAACCUGAGCCAGGCUGGUGGGCUCACCCGGAGGGCCUUGACCGACCCCCAGGUUUGUCAAAACCUGUCGGCGGAUCGGCUCAUUUACAACCACGCGAUGCAUAUGUGUCAAACAGCUGCGCUCGAAGAGCUUUUCGGAUCACCUCUCGAGAGUUUCAAAAGAUACCAAACGGCUCAAAUUCUUCUCCACUGUCUCGCGCAGCAGGUUGACAAAGAAGAGGAUCGAUCGGUGCUUGCUCGAUACAAAUUGGCCGUGGAACGAAGGCUGACCAAUCUCCAGCUGAAUGGUCCCGAAUCUGCCGCAAGUUCUCCGAAGUCAAUCGGGGACAUUCAGACACCCGUCGGAUCGGUCGGUCAGUAGAUGCUGCGACCGGCCCCUGAAAUUGCCCUCAGGCUGGUUUCUACGACUUCGAAACAGCCACAUUGUGAAUUUGUUCCUCCCUUGGUUAUGUAUCUGUUCACGGAGAGGAGGAAUC